CCGCCGCGGCGCCCGUGCGACAGGAGAAACCCAGGGCGGCUCGCUGGUUGGCCACCCCGCCGGAGCGCGGCGCCGCGCGGCCGCCAACAACCUUCCCCAAGGCCGGACAGAGCGCGAGGCGUCUCCUGAGCGACCUCCUGCCCCCCGAGACCGGCGGCUCCACUGCCCCCUCCUGCGUUUAGAUCAAAAUGGGAUUCAUCUUUUCAAAAUCUAUGAAUGAAAACCUGAAGAGUCAACAGGAGUUCAUGCUCAUGAACUCUCGACUUCAGCUGGAAAGACAGAUACUGAUGCAGAGUCAAAUGCGAGAGAGACAGAUGGCUAUGCAGAUUGCUUGGACAAGGGAAUUCCUCAAAUAUUUUGGAAUAUUUUUUGGACUUGCUGCUGUAGGUCUAACUGCUGGAGCAAUAAAAAAGAAGAAACCAGGACUGUUCCUUCCAAUGGUUCCCUUAAGCUUUAUACUUGCCUACCAGUAUGAUAUGGGCUAUGGAACACUUUUGCAAAGGAUGAAGGGUGAAGCAGAGAACAUACUUGACACAGAGAAUACCUUGCUAGAAAUGCCAAAAGGAGCCAUCACUUUUGAAAGCCUUGAAAAAGCCAGAAGAGCUCAGAGCAAGUUCUUCAUAGAAAAAUAAGAAGACUGUAACCACUCAGUAUUUCAAAAUACAAAAUUAUUUGUUUGUAAUCAUGUUGCUGACUUAAAAUAUGUCAAAUUAUUAGUUUUGAGAACACAAUCUUUUUAAAAUAAAAUGAAUUUCAUUUAAAAAUA